UUCCUUGGCUGGAGGGUGCCCCCCGAACACGCAGACUCGGAUCCCUGCGCGAUGGCGGCCGACGGAGGCAGUCUUCUGCGAGCGCUGCCGUGCGCGUUUUCGCCGAAAUCGCACGAGUACCUGGCUUUGUGUGCGCAGGAUGGCAGGCUGCGCAUCUGGGACACUGACAGCAAAGCGCUGCACCGCGAAUACAUCCCUUCAGCCCACUUGAGCGCGACAUGUACAUGCAUUUCUUGGGGACCAUGCCGCACGGCCAAGGAGGGCCCUCAGAGGAAGAAGAGGAAAUCGGAGGCGCCGCAGGCGGCGGAAAAGGCAGACCUGCUGGCGCUGGGCACAGCAGCCGGGAGCAUCCUAAUCUACAGCGCGAUGAAGGGGGAGCUGCACUGUACUCUGGACGGGGGGCACAGUGGACAGGUGAACAGCGUGCGGUGGCACCCGCGGGAUGCACUCUUGUACAGCGGCUCUGAGGACUCGUACGUCGCCGAGUGGGACCUGCAGACGGGGAAGACGCGCUGUAAGUGGAAAGCGGACCGUGGCCCGGUGAGCUGUGUGUGUGUGAGUCCAGACGGGAAUCUUCUCCUCUCUGCGGGGCAGACCAUUAAGAUGUGGGACCUGGAGACCAAGGAGGUGUAUCGGAGGUUCACGGGUCACUCGACGGCCGUGUCGACUCUGUGCUUCGCCACGACGCGGCCUCCCGACAGCGACGGCCUCUACUUCCUGUCUGGGGCCAUCAGCGACCGGGUCCUCAGUGUUUGGCAGGUGCGCUCGGACGGAAAGGAUAAGAACGCGGUUCUGUCCUUCACCUUGACGGAGGAGCCGCGGCACGUCCACCUCGCCGCCAGCGACGAUAAGGCGGUCCGGGUGGCCGUCGUCUGUCAGGACGGACAGCUGCACGUCUUUGAGCACUUCCUUAACGGGCCCUGUAAGAAGCCCCUGGCCCCCUCUUGCUCGGUGCAGGUGUCCAGCCCCGGCGGACGGCCGGGUGAGGACGACACCCCCCUUCCGGUGCCCCUGCUGGCGGUGGCUCAGUGCUCAGGUCAGCAGGACCUGCUGCUGGCCUACGGGAACCACCUUCAACCCGUGAUGGAGAAAGUGCCAGUGAACACUGCAGAGAGACACAUUUGCUUGGUGCGGGAUGUCCGGACGACCCUGUCGCUCUCCAUAGAAACUGCUGUUUCCAAGGUGAAAACUCCUAUUGUCAACACCAGUGGCAAAGUGCUGGCCCCUGGACUUCCUGGCCACCGUGCACCUGUGAAAACUGCCCGGGGGGAAACGGAGAAGAGAAAGCAAGGUUCCGGUACCAAAGAGAUGUCGAUUGAAGAGCGGCUUGGGGAGAUCGACCUGUCCACUGCGUCUGGGGGGCAGAAGGCUCCUAAGGGAGCCCCGUCUCUGCAGAUUGACAGUUAUGCGGUGCUGUUAGUCCAGGGGCUGGAGAGCAAGGACCCCUCCAUCCUUAACAAAGUUUUCCUGACCAAGAAAGAUGGGCUGAUAAAGAAGACCGUCGCCCGCUUGCCCAUCCCCGCUGUCCUGCCUUUGGUCGAAGAGCUCACCAAGAGGAUACAAGGCCAUCCGUACACGGCCGUGAUGAUGGUCCGGUGGCUGAAGGCUGUUCUCAUUCAGCACAUGUCGUACCUGUCGACGUUAACAGACAGAGUGUCCCAGUUGGGAGUCUUGUACCAUGUGAUCGAGAGCAGAGUCAAGAUGUUCCACAAGCUGACCAGACUCCACGGCAAACUGUACCUGUUAAUGACACAGGUGGCGGCGAGUGACCAAGUGUAUACUGUCAAAGACCUCGACCACAGAGCCAAGCUGGUCUACGAGGAGGAGUCUUCUGAGGAAGAGGAGGCUUCGGGAGAUGAAGGGCUUCCAGAUGAAGACUCUGAUAACUGGGAGGAGGAUGAACACAUGAGUGAGACGGCGGAGAGGGCCGAGGAAGAGGAGGAGGAGGAGGAGGAGGCGGCAGACGAAGAGAUGAACGUGGAAUCGAAAGUGAAUGGAGAUUCUGACCUGGAUCCAGAAAAUGAGAGUGAAGAAGAAUGAGCAACAAACAGGAUGCAGGGUGGGAAAAGAGACCCAAAGGAUUUAUGCGUUUUGUUUUGAUUUAAUUUUAAAUGUUUUAUACAAAUUCAAGGAAAGCUGUCGUUAUAGCUCCAUUUCUCCUGUUGGUGACACCACACUGGCCACUGGACUGAAUCGUCGUGGGCAGUGUACCUGCUUCAGGUCCUCCCAUACUGUAGGGGGCGCACUGACACCUUCCCAAGCUCCCACCCUGGCUGGCUCUGUUUCUUUGGUAUUGUGUACCACAGCCCUCCAGUUUCUGUGGAACCGAUCUUGCAAAGGGUGGGGGUAGAUUUAUAGCCAAUGUAAAGAAAAAUAAUAAUAAAAAGUCUGUAUAGGCCUCUCUUCCUGGUUGCUGCAGGAUUAAAUGUAUUCUGUACCCAGUCCAUGUGAAA